AUGAGCGGCGAGGAGCAUGAGGGCGCAUCCAUCGAGGAGCAGCUCAUCGAAGCCUGCCGGCGCGACAACGUCGAACUCCUAACCGAGCUCCUCGAAGACAAAGAAGACUCCGAAAUCACCAGGCUGCUCAACCAAACCACCACCGUCAUGGGCAACCACCUCUACCACGAGGCAGCCUCGCGCGGCAACUGUGCGUUUCUCCCUCUAUAUCCCGUUACCACCCUUUCUUCUUCCCCCCCUUUCCCCUCAUGUAGGCUAUCGUCCACCAUGUCCAAACCAAUUUCUAACAAUAGCUUCACAAAAGACGACAUCAUCGACCACCUCCUCGACCAGCCCGACUUCGAAUGCGACCCCAUCAACCGCCAAGAAGGCGACACCCCCCUGCACUCCGCCAUCCGCUGGCUCAACGCCGAACCCCCCGCCCAGCGCCCCUUUGGCCACCACCUCAUCGACAUGAUGCUCGAGGCCGGCUCCAACCCGCGCAUCAAGAAUAAGGGCGGCCUCACCGCCGCGCAGCUCGUCGACCCGCGCAACCAGGAGCUCCGCGACCUCAUCCAGAAGCACAUCUACGCCAGCCAAAACGCCGGCGACUUCAUCGUCAGCAACAACAGCAACAGCCAUGGCGUCGCUGCGCCGGGUGGUGCGCCGCCGCCGCCGCCGCCGGGAGCGGCUCCUCCCUUGACGAAUCAUGUCGACGCUCAUGAGGAAGAGGAUUACGACGACGACGACGCCGAGUUUAGCGGCAGUGACGAGGAGGAGCGGGCGGAGUGGGAGCGCAGACGGAAGAACAGGCGGUAA